CACGACAAGCACGACAAGCACGACCGAACGGUACGAUACAACCUACCUGCCUAGGUACAUACCGACAGAGGUGACUCUUAACCACGAGAGCGCGGGCCCUGUGCUGCUUUGCUGCUGCUGGACCAGAAACAUUCCUCCCCUCUCAUUCAACAUGAAGAGCCCCCGCGCCCACCAUGCCGCCUAGCACCCCGAGUUCCCAGCUGCGCCGCCAGCUCUGGGCAGCCGUCCGGGACUCGGCCGCCGCUGCUCUCAGGAGGCGGCCGAGGCUGCAGCCCGCUUCUUCUCUGCCCUCGUGCGCCGGCCGCCCAUCACCCCACCCGCCCAGCAUCACCGGCCCCCUGCACUCGCCGCCCAGGUUCGCGCCCGGCCACGUCCGCCGCAGCUGCACCUCGGGCAGCCUGCUGCUCCUCGGCCUGAGCAGCCCGUCGUCCUCGCCGACCCAGACCGUGGUCGCGUCCUGCACCGCCGCCGCCGCCGCCGACGCUGCGCUUGGGUCCCCCGCCUGGCCCAGGUCCAAGUCCGGCUUUGCGCUUGCGACCGCGCGCCAGGCAUGGAGGCGCGGGGUCCAUACCGGCCGCGGGCAUGACGUCCAGGACGCCGGCGCAAAGGACUCUGCCGGCACCACCUCUGCGACUAGCCCCAAGAGGCCUGAAUCUCGUAUCGACAAUGAUACAAAUCCCGCGGCGGCGACGCAAUCGAAUGGAAAUAGGCCCGGCGCCCCGGAGCAGUCUGAGCAGCCAAUACUGCCGCAGCCACCACUCGAGCCAGAGUCGCUGACAGACUCCAUGUCCAAAUAUCUCCAUCUGCCGCACCUACCAAAGAUGCCGCAUCGGCCGAGCAAGGAGGAGCUCCUGUCGGCUGCAAAUGGCUUUUGGGAGCGUCUCAAGGUCCGGUUCAAGUGGCUGUCCAUCAGGAGCAUGCGCCCGUACAAUGCAGACGAGUGGGGCGCCUUCGUCUCGUGGUUUAUGCUUGGCAACCUGAUGUGGAUUCUGGUUGGAACCACCACCUUCUUCUCCCUCAUCAUCCUGCUCGUCAACACUGUUCUCGCUCAAGAAACUCUGGCCAAAAAGGUGGGCGACUAUCUCACCAAGUCCGCCGGCGUGACGGUCGUGUUCGAGUCCGCCAUCGUGCCCAGGUGGAAAGAUGGUGUCAUCACCUUCCGAAACGUCUUCGUCUCGCGCCGCCCUGGCCAGCUCAAAUCCUCGGUAAAGAAGGGUUCGUCCACUAACGCUGCCGCCGAGGCUGCAGCUGCGGCGAGGCAGGGCCAAGCCGACAGCCAGGCGACCGAAGUGGACGAUGGCAACUACACGCAAUUUGAUGUGACCAUUAACACUGUCAACGUCACUCUGUCUUUUUACAAGUGGUGGAACGGCACAGGGCUGCUCAAGGACGUCGAGGUCAAGGGCGUGCGGGGUGUAAUGGACCGUACGUCUGUUCGUUGGCCCGACGUGCCCAUGGACCCCCUGUCCUACCGCCAUGAGCACCAGCCCGGCGACUUUGAGAUCGAGCACUUCAAGCUCGAGGACCUGCUUGUGACGGUUCACCAGCCCAACGGGUUCCGCCCCUUCCCCGUGAGCAUAUACUCGUGCGAGCUGCCACAGCUGCGGAAGCGGUGGCUCUUCCACGACUUCCUCUACGCCAACCACAUGUCGGGCUCGUUCGACGGCUCCCUAUUUACCAUCCACCCCCGCCAGAUACAUGGCGUACCUACCGGGGACCACGGCCACUCGGCAGAGCACAUGGGCGAGUCGGGUGCGUGGAAGAAGUUUAGCAGGAUGCGCAUCGACGGCCUCAAGAUCGACCAUCUCAACCGCGGUGUCCAGGGCCCCUUUGGUUGGAUCUACGAGGGCAACGUAGACAUGGUCGCGGACCUCAUGUUCCCUGCCGAUGAGGAGGACUCGAUUGGCAAGGUCGUGUCCGAAUUCUACGAGAAAAUGGAAGAUGCCGUCUCGAGGAACCGUUAUAUCAGGAUCCUCGACAAGAACCUCCGCAUCGACCGGACUAAAAACCCGGGCACUUUUAUACCCAUGGUGUUUAACACAGACUCCAAGGGCCAUGUAUCAGACACGACAUCCGACCAUGUUCCAGACCCGACACCGGGCGAGUACACCCCAUUCACACCGUCGAGCCAGCUUGAACCUCCCCCAUCGCCCUCUGACGACGAGCCACCACGCUAUCUCGUCAUGGACCUCCGGGUGCACCUCAACGACGUGCGGGCGGCAGUACCGCUCUUCACCCAAGACAUAUCCUACAUCAAGCAGCCACUGGUGCGGCCCAUCGUGGCCUACAUCAACGCCAAGCGCACCUACAUCCCCAUCUCGUGCCGCAUCGUCAAGCGCAUCUCGGACCUGGACGGCUCCUGGACCGUGUAUGACUGCGGCAUGAUGGACGACCUCAGCGCCGAGGUUUACGACGCCUUUGCCCGCGACGUCGAGGACCAGCACUCGCGGGUGCGCCGCCUCAAGAAGGUCGGCUUCUGGACCCUCAGCAUGGUCGUCCAUGCCCUCCUGGCUGGGGUUGCCGGCGACCUGAUAUGAGGGUCUGGGGGGCUCAUACCUUUGUAACGUAUAAUCCCCUCUCCUCCCUCUGCAUCUUCUUUUUCUCCCUUAUGUCGGGGGACGGUAACACCCAUCAAACUGUCCUUCGGCCGUUUCUCUGUUGUAAAUAUGACGACACCCGGGUUGCUUAACGCUUUUUUUUCAUUCGUGUAUAUAAAUUAUGUGGCCAUGUCUGUUAUGAUGGAUGGGUCUUGGGGCACAGGCGGGACUGCGACUUUUUUUUUGGCUUCCAACGCGGCGUUUGUGAUUUUCUCUUUCAUGGCUUGAUACUCUGGGAUAGGACUGGGCAACAUGACAGAACAAACCAGGCGCGCGUCGUACGCAACCAAGGAACAGCGUGAGAGAGGUCCGAGUCAGAGGCGCAUGCGUUUCGCUUCACUCAGCCACUCUCCAAUAACUUAUUUGUCUUGCAUCCUUCUCGGUAUUCCUGCCCGCCAAUGGCAUUGACACAAGUGUAUUGUUUACAUGUUCCU